CCCACGCAGUGACAGUACGUUGACUAACUGUUCAAGACCUCUCCCAUUCACUUCACUCUACUGCAGGGUGGGAGAUGCAACAAUGUCCUUGAGAACAGCAGGAAGUGUGUUGGUGGUAUUUCUCUGGUCUGUGACAGCGGUCCUGGGGCAGAAUGGCUGGAGUGUGACUUACACCACUCAGAGAAUCUGUGCCUUGAAGGGGUCAACAGUGAAGCUGACCUGCUCUUUCAGAUAUCCCAGAGGUCAUAAAGUCACAUCAACCUUCUGGUUCACUAAAAUGGAGGCUGGUAUAGAACCUGAAGAUAUAGGUCAGAACCCAGAGUAUGCAGGUCGUCUGGAGUAUCAUGGGGAUAAGAAGAAAGACUGUACCCUGAAAAUCACAGACCUGAGAGAGAGAGACUCAGCUACGUACAAGUUCAGAUUUAUAACAGAUCAGACAAGAGGGAGAUAUUAUGGCGAUCCUGGAGUCACUCUGUCUGUCACAGGUCUUCAGGUGAAGGUGACUGGUGGACAUCAGGAUAAGACACUGACCUGUAGCACCACCUGUACUCUGACUGACAACCCCACCUACAUCUGGUACAAGAACGGACACAAAGUAAAGGAGGACACCUCCAGCCUGGACUCAGACUCCUUUAGUGAUACAGACAGUUACUCCUGUGCUGUAAAAGGCCAUGAGGAUCUCCACUCUCCUGCAGUGUAUGGACCAAGGAACACCUCAGUGUCAGUCAGUCCCUCUGGUGAAAUAGUGGAGGGCAGUUCAGUGACUCUGACCUGCAGCAGUGAUGCCAACCCACCUGUGCAGAGUUACACCUGGUGGUACAAGAAGAAUGGAGGUGAACAUCAGAGUAUGACAGGACCACAGCAUGUCUUCAAUCAAAUCCAGUCAUCUGACACUGGAGAGUACUACUGUGUGUCCCAGAAUGAGAUGGGGACAGACAGGUCUAGGACCAUGAACAUGGAUGUGAAGUAUGGGCCAAAGAACACUUCAGUGUCAGUCAGUCCCUCUGGUGAAAUAGUGGAGGGCAGUUCAGUGACUCUGACCUGCAGCAGUGAUGCCAACCCACCUGUGGACAAAUACACCUGGUACUUUCAAAACGAGACUUUUCUAAAUGGAUGUGGACAGAUCUACAACAUAAGUAACUUCAAGUCUAAGGACAGUGGACAUUACCACUGUGAGGCCUGGAAUGGAAGGGGAUCUAGGAACUCUACAGCUCUGAUGAUCAUUAUACCAGGUAAACAAACAGUUCUGACUGCAGCUGUAGGAAUCAUAGUGGUUGUUCUGGUUCUCAUCCUCUGUCUCUCUGGCUUCAUGUGGUUCAGGAAGAAGGCCUCUAAUUCCCCCUCUGACACAAGAGACACAGCAGACGAUGGACAGGGAGACACUAGUCCAGUGUAUGACAACAUCUCAGGCAUGGCCUUCACCCCUACUGCAGCACAGACAGCUGACACAGACAACCAGGAUGAUGUUCACUACUCCAGCGUCCACUUCUCUCACUCCAAAAACCAGGAAGUGCCUCUGUACUCCACCGUCCAGCUGCCUCAACCACAGAUACAAGACGAAGAUGUCCAAUACGCUGCUGUGAAAUUCAACCUCCCCGGUGCUGCCACCCAACCCGUGGCGGCACAAACAGCUGAGAAGGACCCCUCUGAGAUCUACAGUAGAAUCAACAAACCCAGAACCAAGAAGUCCUGAACACAACAAACCCAGAUCCAAGAAGACCUGAACUCAACAAACCAAGAACCAAGAAGACCUGAACACAACAAACCCAGAACCAAGAAGACC